AUGAAUGGGGAUCUUAGAGCCACAAACUGUUUUCUUCCAUCCAUCUUCCCAAAACACUUUCACGAGCUUUUUUCUUGCACUCAUUUCUAUCCAUUUAUCCAGCCUGGUGAACUAAUAUACUUGUUUUUGGAGGAGACUAGUGAACUUUGGGUUCUUGAUCUUGCUAAGCACUCGCUGCGUCCCCUCGCCCCUCUGUGUUCAUCCAACGUGCUACACUCAGGAGGUAGCUCUAUCAGCGGUACCGGAUGUGCGGGCUGGAGCAGUACUACUUCAUCUGGGCCGACAACUAACGCAGCGGCAGUGGGAUUAGGUCAAAUUAAUGAACAUACACAUCACCAUCACCCACACUAUCAAUACCAACAUCACGUUUACUCAUAUCCGCAUCUCCUUUCACAUCACGCGGUCGGUGACUGUUGUCAGCGUCGCGAGGUAGAGGCGCGCGUGCAUGCUGGUGUGCAGUGGGUCGGUGACCGUCUUUACGUGGUGGGUGGAUUCGCUGAGCUGGUGGGAGCAGAUCGCAGGCCAACCAAUCCCAGGAAUGAUAUUCAUUUUUAUGAUCCGAUCAUGAACAAGUGGUGGGUUAUUGGUUAG